CCUGUGGGGGGGGGGGGGGGAGGCUGUCGGUAGUAGCGACGGCGACGGCGACGGCUGGAGCCCGGAGAGGGCUGGAGACCUACGGGAGCCAGAUAGGCCAUGCCGAGGAAGAAGCCUUUCAGUGUGAAGCAGAAGAAGAAACAGCUGCAGGACAAGCGCGAGAGGAAACGAGGGCUGCAGGACGGGGUGCGCUCCAGCUCCAACAGCCGCAGCGGGAGCCGGGAGCGGAAGGAGGAUCAGACCGACACCUCCGAUGGGGAGUCUAUCACCCAGCAGAUUCGGCGUCUCAACCAGCAGCCAACCCAGGGCCUCGGCCAUAACUAUGACCCUAAUAGAUACCGAUUACACUUUGAAAGAGAAAGCCGGGAAGAGGUGGAGCGGAGAAAGAGGGCUGCUCGAGAACAAUUGUUGAAACCAGUCAGUGAAAAAUCUCUGGAGCUUGACAUUGGAGACAUCUACCAUCCGGGCUCUAACUUAGACUUUCCCCGUCGCCCAAGUUGGAACUAUGAGAUGUCCAGGGAGCAACUGAUGAGCCAGGAAGAACGGAGCUUCCAGGAGUAUCUGGGCAAGAUCCAUGGGUCCUACACCUCUGAGCAGCUCAGCUACUUUGAACACAACCUAGAGACUUGGCGGCAGUUGUGGCGUGUGCUAGAGAUGUCUGACAUUGUCCUCCUCAUCACAGAUAUACGUCAUCCAGUCAUCAACUUUCCCCCAGCCUUAUAUGAGUAUGUGACAGGGGAGCUAGGGCUGUCACUGAUACUAGUGCUGAACAAAGUAGACCUGGCUCCCCCAGCUCUCGUCAUAGCCUGGAAGUAUCACUUUCGCCUACACUACCCCCGGCUCCACCUUGUUCUUUUCACAUCUUUCCCUCGGGACCCCCAAACCCCACAGGACUCAAAGACUGUCUUGAAGAAGCGCCGGAAGCAAGGAAGGAUUUGGACUCGUGCCCUGGGACCAGAACAACUGCUAAGGGCUUGUGAGACCAUUACUGCAGGAAAAGUGGACUUAAGUAGCUGGAAAGAAAAGAUGGACCGGGAUGCAGCUGGAGCAAGUCGGGACACUGGCUUAGGGGAGGAAGAAGGUGAUGAAGAAGCACCAGCAGUAUUGGUGGAACAGCAAACAGAUGUUGCUCUGGAACCAACUGGCCCUAUCCGGGAGCGAUAUAAGGAUGGAGUUGUGACUAUUGGCUGUGUGGGUUUUCCUAAUGUGGGAAAGUCAUCCCUGAUCAAUGGGCUGGUCGGGCGGAAGGUGGUGAGCGUUUCCAGAACCCCUGGCCACACCCGUUACUUUCAGACAUAUUUCCUCACACCCACUGUUCGACUUUGUGACUGUCCUGGCCUUAUCUUUCCUUCCCUGCUGCCCCGACAACUACAGGUUUUGGCUGGGAUCUAUCCUAUUGCUCAAAUACAGGAGCCCUACACAUCUGUGGGAUAUCUAGCCUCCCGAAUACCUAUCCAGGCACUUCUGCGAUUGAGACACCCUGAAGCUCAGGACUCAGGGCAUGAGCCCCCUUGGUGUGCUUGGGAUAUCUGUGAAGCCUGGGCUGAGAAACGAGGUUACAAGACAGCCAAAGCAGCUAGGAACGAUGUGUACAGAGCAGCCAACAGCCUCCUUCGGCUGGCUGCUGAUGGACGGCUCAGCCUUUGUCUUCGGCCACCUGGCUACAGUGACCAGCGAGCCUCCUGGGAGUCCCAUCCAGAAACCUUGGAGCUGAUGAUGAUGCAGGGGAGGGUGGGACUGUCGGGUGAGGAUGAGGAUGAGGAAGAAGAGCUGAGCAGUUCUGGGGAAGAGGAGGUAGAGGAGGACCGAGAUGCUGAUGAGGAGGGUGAGGGGGAUGAAGACACCCCCACUCCUGCCCGAUCUUCAAAUCUGGCAGGCUCAAACCCCUAUGCCCUUCUGGGUGAAGAUGAAUGCUGAGUCUCCAUUCCUUAUUCCUCUCUCCCAUUCAUCAUCCUUGCUCUUAGACUGAUUGGGGGUACCCUUUUUCCAUCUCCUUAAUUGAAUAAAGAUAACCUGGUUUAUUAGCCCCCUUCAUAUGGACUAAAGCUGAGAUCAAAAUGUUGUCCUACCAGUUGGAGGUCUUAUCUUAAUAGUCAUCCAAAAACUCCUUCCAUCUGGGGCUCUGGUUGAUAAUAAUUGGAAAUAAGGUCUAAUAUACCUAGCUCCCUCUUCCUAUCUCUCUUGUUCCUCUUUUCUUCUAAUGUCUUAUUAAACAGCAGAUGGGGGACAAUUUCUACCACCAAGGUCUUGGUCUAAUCCCAGGCUCCUCAUUGUAAUACAUAGAAAUCCUUCUCUUACUCUGGAGUUGGCACUUGAAUCCAGAUCUCUCUUGUUAGUGGAGGGGACAAUAUGUUGAAGAGAAGCCUUAAUAGACCUAUUAUAGAAUAUGCCUUUGUGAAGGAAACCAUUUCCUAGUCUUAUGUUGAGGUCAGAAUUAGCAAAGUUUGUUACCUAGAGAGUAGACUUCUGAGGGUCCCAUCUAGGCAAGUGCUAAUAGGGACAUCUUACCCUCAAAUACACAAGUUUUAACAUUGAAAAAGUUUGUCCUCCCAUAGUUCCCAAUUGCAGUUUCUUAGAACUUUCUCCGAGCACAGAAAUAAAAGUUUCAGAUCUUAAAAAUACAUGGUCCCCUUUGUGAGAUCAGACAUAUUUUUGAGGUCACAAAGGGAAAGAAAGUCUGUGUCUGCUUUAAUUUUGACUUGAGGUUGAAUGAUAGAGCCUGAGUAGGAUUUGAUGUUGGAAGUUUAGGAGGAAUCCAGUCCUGAACCUCAGGCCUAACUGGCUAUUAUAGUCAGUUUCCCAGAGUACCAGCUCUUUUCUAGAGAAUUUUGACAUCAACAACCAGAGUUUUUGCCUUUUCACUAUUUUCUUAAAUUUCCUGGGUAAAUAGAAGAGAUAGCUUGGCUCUGUGUUCAGAAAUUAAUCCAAGCUCAAAUUUCCUGUUAUCCUUCUUUUGCUGCUGCUAAUACAGGUAUAUGUCCAGUUCUAGCAGCAGCUUCCUACUUGUCCUCCAUCUUUACACAGUACAUGUCUACACAGUGUUUUCUAAGGUUUAUGAGAGAAAAGAAUAUAUCAUUUAAAAUAAUACAACAAUAGAUUUUUAAAGAAUUUAAAAACAAUCUACCCAGUCCUAAACUGAAGGAAACAUUAGCUAAUUUUAACAAUUUAUCAGUUCCUGAACUAUAUUUCUAUUCAAGUUAGAAGCCCCUAUCUCAUUCCCUUAGUGAAUCCAGACAAGAAUGUUAGUUUCAAUUCUAGAAUACACCCAGAUCUAUAUUAGGGAUUCAUUUACCAUGGCCCCAUUUGUAACCUUAAAUUCAAUUAUAGCAGUCAGGAAGUCUUUGGAACAGCAUCUUAGUUUUGUGGUGUAUCCAUCCCUAUUACUCUAUAACCACAUAGCCUUUAGUGUUGGAUGUUCCAAUCAUCGCUUUUACAUCCCUGAAAACAAUUAAAUGCUUUAAGAUGGUAUCACUACAGGGCAUUAAGAAGUUUCGUUAAAGUCUUAUUAAUGCAUUAAAAAAAACCCUAAACAUUACUGUCACUUUCCAAUCAACCCCCCCCCCCCCCCCCAAGAUUAUUCCCUUGUAACAAAAUAUAAUUAAGGGGAAAAAAUUGUAAUAAAAGGAAAAAAACAGUACAUUGGCUAUAUCUGAAAAUCUCCAUCUCACCCCACAUCCAUAGCUCACUACCUCAGUUUCCUGAUAGGUGGCUUGCUUCCCCAUCAAUCAAAGGGCAUUUUCCCAUAAGUUGCACAGACCUUGGUAAAGCUAAGGAAGAAAGGGAGGUUAUAGGAAAAAAUGAAAUAAAUGUCCCAUAGAAAAGCAGCAAAAACAACUUGUAAGCUGAGGACACCCCAGGUGAGUUUGUAAUUUUUUUAAUUCAACAAAUACUCUUAUAGAGUAUUGUGCCAAGCACUAAGAAAGAUGUAGCUAAAUAAGAGAUGGUUUCUGUUCUUUUUUUAAAUUCCUGGUCUAAGACAGGAAUAACCUGAGUGUUAACAGAUCCCCUUUUUCUUAUCUGGAAAUGACCUAUUUUACAUUUCUAUAUAGAAAAAGUUACUAGAAAUGUUUGGGAGAAGGUUGUGUUAGAUCAAAUAACAGGAUGGAUGCUUUCCAGAGAAGGUGACUUUCAAAGUUGGCUUUAAAGAAUAAAUUGAAAUUCUGCUGGGAAAAAGGAAAAGAACUCUUUCAGAAAUAGGAAACCCUUAAUAAGUAGAGCAAUUGAUAGGCUUGACAGUUCAGAAACUGUCAACUAAGAGACAUGCCUUCAAAUGUAAGAUAGCAUCAGACCAUAGAAAGCCUCAAAAACUAGGGAAGAGAGUUUGAACUUUUUA